ACGCAAAGCCCCAAACCCGAGACUGAAGCUGUAAACAAUAAAACCCAACCCGUCCAUCAUCCAUGCGGUAAAUAUGCAGUUAUCCGCGAUGACGGUUCCGUUAUCGGCGCUCUUCUGCCUGUUCUGUGCCCUCAGACCCGCUCGAGGUUACUAUGGCAACCCCUUGAACAAGUACAUCCGUCACUACGAGGGUCUGUCGUACUACACGGAGCCGGUGCAUAGCAGUCAUCAGAGAGUCAAGAGGGCGCUGUCGCAUCAGUUCCUGCACCUGGAGUUCCACGCGCACGGCAGACAUUUCAACCUGCGCAUGAAGAGAGACACACAGUUGUUUUCUGAUGAUUUUAAACUGGAGAUGUCUGGAGAGGAGAUCAACUAUGACACCUCACACAUCUACACUGGAGAAAUAUACGGUGAACAGGGCACUCUGACUCACGGAUCCAUUGUGGACGGGAAAUUCGAGGGCUUCAUUCAGUCUCAUCGAGGGACGUAUUACGUGGAACCGGCUGAGAGAUACCUGGAGGAUAAAAACGUCCCGUUCCACUCUGUCAUCUACCACGAGGAUGACAUAAAUUAUCCGCAUAAAUACGGUCCUGAAGGCGGCUGUGCAGAUUCAUCUGUGUUUGAGAGAAUGAAGAAAUAUCAGUCGUCAGCGCUGGAGGAGCCGCAGAAGGAGGUGAAUGUGGAGCAGAAGUCUGCAGAUGAUCUUGUUCUCCUGAGGAAGAAGAGGAUGACACAGGUGGAGAAGAACACGUGUCAACUCUUCAUCCAGACCGAUCAUCUGUUCUACAAAUACUACAAGACCAGAGAGGCCGUCAUCGCUCAGAUCUCCAGUCAUGUGAAAGCCAUUGAUGCCAUAUACCAGGGCACAGAUUUCAUGGGCAUCCGUAACAUCAGCUUCAUGGUGAAGAGGAUACGGAUUAACACCACCAGUGAUGAGCGAGAUCGCUCGAACCCGUUCCGCUUCGCCAACAUCGGUGUGGAGAAGUUUCUGGAACUGAACUCUGAACAGAAUCAUGACGAUUACUGUCUGGCGUACGUCUUCACCGAUAGAGACUUUGAUGACGGUGUGUUGGGUCUGGCCUGGGUCGGCGCGCCCGCGGGGAGUUCUGGUGGAAUCUGUGAGAAGAGUAAAUUAUAUUCUGAUGGGAAGAAGAAAUCUCUGAACACUGGAAUCAUCACCGUUCAGAAUUACGCUUCACACGUGCCUCCUAAAGUCUCACACAUCACCUUCGCUCAUGAGGUCGGACACAACUUUGGAUCUCCGCAUGAUUCGGGGUCAGAGUGCACGCCGGGCGAAUCUAAAAGCCAGGACAAGAAGGAAAGAGGAAAUUACAUCAUGUACGCUCGAGCAACAUCAGGAGACAAACUGAACAACAACAAGUUCUCCGUGUGCAGCAUCAAGAACAUCAGUCAGGUGCUGGAGAAGAAGAGAGGGAGCUGUUUCGUGGAGUCCGGUCAGCCCAUCUGUGGGAACGGUCUCGUGGAGCCGGGUGAAGAGUGUGACUGCGGUUACAGCGAUCAGUGUAAAGACGAGUGCUGCUACGACGCUAAUCAACCAGAUAACAGGAAAUGCAAACUCAAACCAAACAAAGUGUGCAGUCCAAGUCAGGGUCCCUGCUGCACUCCUGAAUGCAUCUACAAGAGUCGUAACGACAAAUGUCGUGAGGAGUCGGAGUGCGCUCAUCAGGGCAUGUGUAACGGAGCGUCCGCUCAGUGCCCGACCUCUGAACCCAAAGCCAACUUCACCGCCUGCCACGGAGACACACAAGUCUGCCUCAACGGGGGCUGCUCGGGCUCGAUCUGUGAGAAGUACGGUCUGGAGGUUUGCACCUGUGCCAGUGUGGACGGCAAAGACGAGACUGAACUCUGUCACGUGUGCUGCAUGGAGAAGAUGAACCCAAACACCUGCAGCAGCACCGGCUCCGAGCAUCUCGCACGAUUCUUCAACAAGAAGGUGACGACUCUGCAGGCGGGCUCGCCUUGUAAUGACUUCAAGGGGUACUGUGACGUGUUCAUGAAGUGUCGUCUGGUGGACGCUGACGGUCCUCUCGCCCGACUCAAGAAAGCCAUCUUCAACCCAGAGCUCUACGAGAACAUCGCUGAGUGGAUAGUGGCUCAUUGGUGGGCGGUGUUACUCAUGGGAAUCGCUCUGAUCAUGCUCAUGGCUGGAUUCAUUAAGAUCUGCAGUGUUCACACACCGAGCAGCAACCCAAAACUGCCCCCUCCAAAACCACUGCCAGGCACACUGAAGAGACGACGAGCUCAACAAGCCAGUCAGCAGCAACAUCAACAUCACAACCAGAACCAGCACCCUCACGCUCACGGACACCAGAACCAACGGCAGGCUCCACGCCAGGCCCAGCGCCAACCGCAGCCUCAACGCCACCAUCGACAGCCCCGUGAGAACUACCAGAUGGGUCAAAUGAGACGCUGAGACCCACAAACACCCACAGUGCCUGUGAUGAGCGGUACUGCAGACACCCGGAGUCUCUGGUCCACUGACACACUGAACAAAACCACAUCCACUCAUCUGACGCUCUACAACUGUGUGCCAAGUGUUGACUUCCAGAGUUCCACAACAGUUCUAGAACUGUGCGCCAACACACACCAACGUUUUUGUUUGAAAUUGCAUCUACAAUGAAGUCGUUUUUAUACACUGAAAAUGAAUCAACCACACUUUGAAAACGGAUUUACCGUAAUUAUGUACGGUACGUAAACUUGUAGAAAGAGUUCACAUCUUCAUAGAACUCAUAAUUAAAAAGUUGUAAACUCUGACAUGAUGUGAACGCACCAUUAGUUGUAUAAAGUUCUAGUACGGUACAGGCCAAGACCACACUAAUCCAUUUUUAGUUUCCUAACAUCAUAGUUUUCGAAAGUAUGCAGUAAUGGAGAGUAGAGGAAAAUGGCGUUCUAGUGUAGAGAGGCGUAAACGUAACAAAAUUAAUGCGUUUUCAAACGAAAGCCUUUAAGUGUGAACGCAGCCUCAAUUUCUUGAGUGAUUGUCGAGUUCUAUAAUUUUGCAAACGGUUGUCUGAAGUUCUCGAAGUUUUUCUUGUUUGUUCCAAAAUCUAGACUUUUUAGGCAACAUCCACACUUCUCCGUUUUAAGUUUCCUAACGUCAUUGUUUUCCCAAAUGAUCAAGUUAUGGAGAGUGUUUUCGAAAGUCUCCAUUUUCAGUGCUCUUACAGUGUGGAUGAGAGGCGUAAACAUCACGAAAUUAAUGUUCUUUCAAAUAAACGUAUUAGUGUGGACGUGGCCUUAGGCGAUUGAUUUGGUUGACGGUUCUAGACCUCUGAUGGGUGUAGAUUUUGUUCAGUCUGACGGUGGAGCAAUGGGGCUUUACUCCAAAGAAUCGAACCAUCCACCAUCACACUACAGUCCAGCAGAUCCGCUGUGAUUCUACAUCACACUACAUCAGAGUCCUUUUCUAAAGCUUUCAUGAAGAAUCAGGCACUAAACUGGAGCGGUUUACAGGAAUCCGUCAUAUAAUGCUUCCACCUGCCAGAACCUGAUCCAGCCGCAUGGAGUUUCCUCUUUUUGGAGUAAACAUGAACAACUUCAUCAUUCGAUCAUGUUUCUCAGCUUGCUAUGGGAAACACGGAACAGAUACAUUUAUUUUGUUUGUUUGCCCCUCCUUGACGGAGUACUCGAGUGCCAAGGUUUACCGGGGUAUUUGUAGCGCCUUCUGUAGUUCCCUGAGUCGUUUUGCUUUUUUUCUUUGCUUUUAAAACUCUUAAAAUCCAGUGAGACUCUUAGUUUGAAUCUCUGGAGCUUUGGACGGGUAUCGCCACAUCAUCGGAAAAGGACUUUUAUUUUGUAAGAGCAGAAGUACGAGCCUUUCCUUUUCCGUAUUGCAGAAGCGCCACAGCUGUACAGAGAAACCAUAUUAGUUGUAUUAUAUGUGAGAACAAAUUAUUUCUUCUACUGUCAAUAAGAGAUUUACAGUUGCAGUUUUGUUGAAACACUCAGGACUCAAAAACGCAAAUGAAGGCGAUCGUUCAGCAUGCGAAAAGAAAAGGAUCACGCGUGAGCUGUUUUACAUCAUUCCAUCGUUUACAUACUUCAUUCCGUGCAUCAAGGCGUUUACGCUGUUUGUUUGUUUUGUUUUUUGUAUAUAGUUCCCACAAAACACUCCAAUCUCAGCUCGAGUUGCUCACCGCAUGAAAGUGUCAAACAUCGUCUCGAAACAGACUUCCUGUUCACUCCUCAGUGUCCCUCACAUUCAGUGCACUUCCUGUAAACACACUGAAUGAGGGAACGCAUCAGAGAAAUGUGCAUGACACAAACUCAUUUUAAAUGUAAUUGUUUUAUCAGUCAGAUGGUGAUGUUGAGGGAUACUAAUAGCAGGAAACGCCUUCAAGAGUUUAGAAAUAUAAAAGAAUGAACUGAUGAAAAUCCUAGUAAAAUCAAAGUAAUAAACUGGAAAACCAAUGCUAACAAAAAUCAUAAUUAUUCUAACAAAUAACAUGCGACUAUAGUAACACCAUGGUUAAUUUGUGGUACAAGUAUGGUUUUUAAAACCAUGGUUUCCACCAUAAAAAAAUAAUGCCCUUUUAAAAAUUAACCAUUUUAAAAACCAUUGUACAUAUUAGAGGUAGACCGAUAUAUCGGUUUUACCAAUUAAUCGGUGCCGAUAGUUCCUAUAUGUUCCUUUAUCAGCAAAAUGUUUUGUUCCUCUGUGUUCCUCUGAUCAUUAUGUUUUAUUUAUUUUUUUAAAUGAAGCGAGGGCAUGCAAAGAAAAAUGCGACUAUAUGGAAACGUUCCUUUUCAGCACAUACAUCGUGUCUGUAACUUCAUAUAUUGUGAAUAAUACUGUGUAUAGGCUAAAAAAAUUUAGUAAAUACUUAAAUAUAGAGUCACUUAUGCACCAAAUCUUUUUUUAUUAUUGGGAUUUUGGUUGAACAAUAAACUGAAUCUUGGAUUUUAUUCAUUUUGUAGCCUCUAUGUCUGUGCCCGUUAUAAUAUAGUAUAGUAAUCUUUUAACAUUCUUUAAAUCGAAUUUAAAAACUAUCGGCCGAUUAAUCGGUUAGUUAUCGGUAUUGGUAAAAUCCACUAUCAAUCUAGUACAUAUACCACAAAUAAUCAAUGGUGUUGCUAUAGUAAAACUAGCAUGUUUUUGGCAGAAUUAAUAAUAUUUAUUUAGAGAUUGAACGAAAGUGGAUUUUGCCGAUACCGAUAGUUAAGGUGGUGGAAAAGGCCGAUAACCGAUUAAUUGGCCGAUAGUUUUUAAAAUCAAUUCAUAGAAUGUUACAAUAUUUUCUUAGUCGGCACAGACAUAGAGGUCAGAGUACAAAAUUAAUAAAAUACUAAUUUUUUAUAAUUAAUAAUAAUUUUAUAUUUGUUUUUUAAAUUUUUUUUUAAAUUUUUUUUUUUUAUAAUUCCCAGAUGUAGUUUGUUUUUCAACGAAAAUACCAAUAAUAAUCAGAAAUUUUUUUCGAUUUGGUGCAUAACGUAGGACUUUUAACACUAAACAAGCCUGAAACACACCAGGGACUCUUAUUUUGAAAUGACAGAGACUUGGAUCCAUUUGAAUGCUCUAUAUGUAAUGCUUACCAAAUUAGCUUUUUAUAGCCUAUAUAUUAUUCACUAAUCAAAUUUUCUUGCAUGCCCUUGCUUUAAUGUAAAAAAACUUAAUUUUCAGAGGAACAUGGAGAAAUAAAAAAAACUAUCAACAACUAUUGGUAUAGAUUUUUGGAGAUAAUCGAUAGUUCCAAAAAAAGCACCUAUCGGCACCGAUUUAUCGGUAAAACCGAUAUAUCGGUUUACCUCUAUUUUUAUUACCAUAGUUGGUUGAAUAUAGUUACUGUAGCAUUACCAGGGUCAAUUUUGUUAUUAUGGUGGAUAGUUCAACUAUAUGUUUACUGUAGUAAAAGCUUGGUUAAUUUAUGUAAGGGAUGGAUAAAGGUAUUAUAAGUUAGGGUUAGAUUAGGUGCUCCGUACAGAGUCUAACAGAACCAGUUUCACUCACAUCUCAAUUCUAACCAUGAGUAGUUGCUUUAUUUUGUGUUUACUGAUCAACACAGUGAAUCUCAUCGGUCCAAAUCUCACUCCUCAAAACUGCACAUUAAACAUCAGAUAUGUUCUGGUUCAGAUAUCUUCACUGGAAACGUGUUGUGUGGUACUGGUUAGCUCAAACAGACAAGUUCUACUUUUCCAGAAGAUCUGAACCUCCAGCUGUUUGUGGUGCUGAAUCUGUUGAUGGCGUCUUAACAGAGAAUUCUGCCCCCAAAACAGCAACUCUUACUUGAAGUCUGUCAGAUGAAGGAGUACGAGCAUUUGUGAACUUCUCAUUCUACUAUGAGCAGCACAAAUGACCUAAACUUAUUUACUCGAAGAGGAAAUAUUUACUGAAAGCCCAUGUUGUUCUAACAGUGUUGCAUCAUGAUAUUAACACAAACUUCAGUUUACAGUCACACAGCAGUUAAUCACUAUCAUCAUCAUCAUCCUCAUCUUCAUCAACAGGACAAUUACUGGAAAUGAAAAGUCAGAGUUGGGCAGCAGUGUCAGGUGUGUAAUGGACAGGAAACAGAGCUCAGGAUCUCAAACCCUCUGAGAACCAGCAGAGCAAACAUCUAGAAAGAAUGGACCUGGGGCGAUGCCAUCUUUAAUUUGACACCAGUUAAAACAAGUCUGUGAGUGAGAAACAUACAGGCUGAUCAGUGGAUUCUUCUGUUUUAAGGUCUUUACUCACGUUUCAUUUUUCUAACCAAUGUUCAAUAUUUUCUAUAUCUGGAUGAUGUACAUCAAAUUACACAACAGUACUACUCAUCAAACAGACUGUAUGUCUUUCUCUCACAGCUUUAAUUUAUUUACAUUGAAUUAAAUAUGGCAUCUAUUCUGAGAAAGGUCUAUAAAGAUUUGAUUUUGAAGUGUUGUUGCCUUGAACGGUUCUUUCCAUUAUUCUGAAUGGAGUUGCACCUCAAACAGACAAUUGGUAUGGCAAGCCGAAUUGACAUUUAAUCAUGACAUUUAAUUUAAUGAAUUAUAGAUAUCCAUAAUUCAGUUUUCACUAGUUGAAAUGCUAAUUCUUGAUAUCAGCAAUGGAAUUACUAAAUGUGAUAUCAGUAACUAGUUUUACACUAGAAAAAACGUUAAUUCUUGAUAUAAAAAAUGUCCUUGCAGAAAUACCCAUUCUUGAUAUCAAAAACUGAAUUUCAGCUAGUUAAAAACAUAAUUCUUAAUAACUGUAACUGCAUUUUUACUAGUAGAAUUCACAAUGAUCUGUCAUUCAAUCAUGUUCAAAACACAAUUACAGAUAUCUAUAAUUAAUUUCUUAUUGAAGUUGAAAUUCUGAAUACACAUGUAUAUAAUGCUAACUGUAAUGCUAACUUUUGACAGCUGUAAAAACAUUUUCAACAUGUUAAAUUUAGUAUUUCAGAUAUCUGGAAAUUUUCUGUUAUCAGUAAAUUGAAGAGUAAUUAAAGGUAUCAUAAAAGUCUUUUUUACUAGUUACAAUCACAUAUGUGAAUUUAACAUUGCUGCUAGUGAAAACCAAAUUACAGAUAUUAAAAAUGAGCAUUUUUACUAGUUGUAAUAGCAUUUUUGAUAUCAAGAAUUAUUUUAUUUUAUUUUUUUUACUAAAAAGUGCAUUGCUGAUUUGUGAAAAUAGAAUUUCAGUAAGUAAAAUUAAUUAUAGAAGUCUGUAAUUGUGUUUUGAACAAGUGAAUGACAGACCAUUGUGAAAUUUUACUAGUGAAAAUGCAAUUACAGAUAUCAAUAAUCAUGUUUUUUACUUGUAAAACAAUUAAAUGUUUGAUAUCAAGAAUGUGUAUUUCUGCAAGUAAUGUCAUUUUUGAUAUCAAGAAUUAAAGAUUUUACUAGUAAUAAUUGCACAUAUAAACAGUGCAGUGUGAAACUUUAUUUCUUGAUAUCAAAAAUGUCAUUACUUGCAGAAAUACACAUUCUUGAUAUCAAACAUUUAAUUGUUUUACAAGUAAAAAACAUGAUUAUUGAUAUCUGUAAUUGCAUUUUCACUAGUAGAAAUUCACAAUGAUUUUUUAUAUCAAGAAUUUGCUUUUACUAGUAAAAUGUGAACUUUUGAAAUGUGAAAUAUGAAUUUUAACCAUACAUUUAUUAUAGAUGUCUGUAAUUGUGUUUUGAACAAGUUAAUGACAGAUCAUUAUGAAAUUUUACUAGUGAAAAAGCACUCACAGAUAUCAAUAAUCAUGUUUUUUUUACCUGAACUAAAUCUAUUUUUGAAAUCAAGAAUGAAUGUUUUUGCUUGUGCAAACAUAAUUACUGAAAUAAAAAAUAGAUCUCUAUAAUCUGAUUAAAUGUUAAUACAGCUUGCCAUAUGAAGGUUUUGAAGCGUCUGAUUUCUGCUCAGCGUCCAUCUCGACAGCGACCCGUGAUGACUGUCGACUUGCUCUCUUGUAAACUAUGUACAGUAACUGCAGAAUUUCUGCUAUAUUUGAAGAUAAAUUUUGAUACUUUUCCUGUUUGCCUCUAGAAAAGAGCCUGUCAGAUCCAGACUGACCACAUCGAGAGAUAUUUCCUCUCUAGAAACACGUGAGCUUGAAUUCUUCACAGCGGUCGUUCGGAUGAACUUUGUGCACAUGAUUAUUAUUAUUUUCGGUACUGCCAUCAUGAUAAAGAAACAUUGAGGUGGUUUGAUGUUUUUCCUGUGGUCUGGACUGAAUUAUAGAGGAGAUUUGAAUAUUUGCCUGUAUGUGACUUUUUAAUUUUUACAUAGUCUUGAUGAAACUUCAUAGAGGAAGAGUGCACUGAAAAACGUCUUAAUUGAGUCAAAAUGUCGUAGGUGAAAAUAGGCCAAUCACUAAAGUUUAAAAACCAAUGAAAAUAAGAAAAAAAUAAUAAUGCUACUGUCUGUUAAUGUUCACUGUGUUUUAUACAGUACCUACAUUUUUGUUCACUUUGAACAUUUUUACGUAACAUUUCAAAACGUAUUGUGGAAGAGAUGUAAUUUUUUUGGAGUACUUGAACUGCAUUAAUAAAAAGACUCGGUUGAA